CUAAGAUCCGGGUUGAGCCCAAACGGACAUGGUUUAGCCUCGGCGUUGCUUGCUCUCCGCGUCUCUAGAUUCCUCCUGACGUUUCCUCCUGAGCCUCCGAGUCCGAGUCAGAGGCGUGACUUCAGAGCAGAGAAACUUGAGAGGAGAAGUUGAAGCAAGGAAGAGCGCCUUUAAACGGAUUGUGCAUUCAGACUGAAGUUCUCUGCUACUUUUCAUACCGGGGAGACACCAUUUCGACAUCCUUUUGAUCUUGCAAACAGGAAAGCAAUGGCCCGUAGCAGAGGCGGAAGCCGACCAGCUCCCCGGGCGCCAGCUCGUCCUGCAGCAGCCCGCCCGGCACCCCCUCCAGCAACGACCCAUUCGGCCCCCGCGCCCGCACACCAUCAGCAAAGCAGCGGCGGCGGUUUGAUGUCGAGCAUUGGCUCCACAAUUGCGCAGGGUAUGGCUUUCGGCGGUGGCAGCGCCGUCGCCCAUCGGGCAGUCGACGCCGUGAUGGGCCCGAGGACCGUGCACGCGGCGCCCGAGGCUCCUUCCGCAGCCGCCGAGCCGGCUCAGUAUGCUGGCAACAGCGCCGCCCAGUUUUCCAACAGCAGCAUGGACAACGCCUGCAGCAACCAGACGAAGUCGUUCCGCGAUUGCAUCGAACAUUACGGCGACGACAUCUCCAAGUGCCAGUUCUACGCCGACAUGCUCAAGGAGUGCAGAACAAACAGCGGCUCGGUUUUGUAGGACGACCGCUCGUCGUGGAGAGCGUUCAUUAUGUAUUCAGCAUUAGACAUUACCGGCCCUCUUUGGGGUUAGUCUUGAGAAAAACUCGAUUCAAAUUGUUUGGUCGCCACACAUGAGGCCCGCAAAGAAAUGACAUUUAGCCUUUGAGCAUAGAAAAAUAUUCAUCAAUGGUGGCAGGUUCUCGCACACUAAUAUCAGUUCCCGCCCAUACCUUUCGACACCUGACAUGUGAAAUCAGUGCCAAUAUGCACUGACAGGCUGAUGCAUGAUUUAUACGGGAUCGGAUCUGUAGCUGGGAGCUGUACAGAUGCGGCAUUGCAUGGCGCCAGCCAACCUGCUGCAGGCAGAGCUUUCGAAGUCGGUUAAUUGUCAUUUAGUC